CGUGGCGAGGCUUGCAGGUCUCAUUUUGCUUCUGAAUUCCUGCUUUGCAGGAAGCAAUGGCAGCCCGAGUUCUUGUAAUUGGCAGUGGAGGGAGGGAGCAUACCCUGGCCUGGAAACUUGCACAGUCUCAUCAUGUCAAACAAGUGUUGGUUGCCCCAGGAAAUGCAGGCACUGCCUGUUCUGGAAAGAUCGCAAAUGCUGCUGUCUCCAUUGAGGAUCACACUGCCCUUGCUCAGUUCUGCAAAGAUGAAAAGAUUGAAUUCGUGGUUGUCGGGCCAGAGGCCCCUCUGGCUGCAGGGAUUGUUGGGGACCUGACCCGAGCAGGAGUACGAUGCUUUGGCCCCACAGCCCAAGCAGCUCAGUUAGAGUCCAGUAAAAAGUUUGCCAAAGAGUUUAUGGACCGACACGGAAUCCCGACUGCACAGUGGAGAGCAUUCACCACACCUGAAGAUGCCUGCAGCUUCAUUAUGAGCGCCAACUUUCCUGCUCUGGUUGUGAAGGCCAGUGGCCUUGCUGCUGGGAAAGGAGUGAUUGUUGCAAAGAGCAAAGAGGAGGCCUGCAGAGCCGUGCAGGAGAUCAUGCAAGAAAAGUCUUUUGGAGCAGCUGGAGAAACGGUUGUUGUGGAAGAGUUUCUGGACGGGGAAGAAGUGUCUUGUCUGUGUUUCACUGAUGGGAAGACAGUGGCCCCAAUGCCCCCAGCACAGGACCACAAACGAUUGCUGGAUGGAGAUCAGGGCCCCAACACAGGGGGGAUGGGAGCCUAUUGCCCAACACCUCAGGUUCCUAAAGAUUUGUUACUGAAAAUUAAAAACACUAUUCUUCAGAGAACCGUAGAUGGCAUGCAGCAGGAGGGUGUGCCUUACACAGGAAUUCUCUAUGCUGGUAUCAUGCUGACCAAAGAUGGCCCAAAAGUUUUGGAGUUUAAUUGCCGUUUUGGACCAGAAUGCCAAGUAAUCCUCCCACUUCUUAAAAGUGACCUUUAUGAAGUGAUUCAGUCCACCUUAGAUGGCCUGCUGAAUACAUCUCUGCCUGUUUGGCUAGACAACCAUACUGCCAUCACUGUUGUCAUGGCCAGUGAAGGCUAUCCUGGAGCCUAUGCCAAGGGUGUGGAGAUCACAGGGUUUCCUGAGGCCCAGGCUUUAGGACUCCAGGUAUUCCAUGCGGGCACUGCUCUUAAAGAUGGCAAAGUAGUGACCAGCGGAGGCAGAGUCCUCACAGUAACAGCCGUCCAGGAAAAUCUGGUGUCAGCCCUUGAAGAAGCCAGGAAAGGACUCGCUGCUAUAAAGUUUGAGGGAGCAGUUUAUAGGAAGGACAUUGGCUUCCGUGCUGUGGCCUUCCUCCAGCGGCCCAGGUAAAGGUUCCCUGGGAGACAGUCAGGGGCAAGGUUCAGAACUGGCCUGUGUGGCUGUGGAGGAAGUUCUCCUAGCCCUGUGCCGUCAUCCUGUAGUCUGUCUGUGGAGCUGACUGGAUCUUGGUUUGGAAUUUGUUGGAAUCUUCACUAUUAAAGGCUGAGACAAGAAGAGCAUCUCAAAAUUGAGCCCAGACUAUAGUAAGGCUUUACAUAUCUGCCUCCCCCACCUCACCCCCCAAAAAACUGAUCACUGAUCAAAGCAGUAGUUGAAUAAAUGGGAAACUCUUCUUGGCAAUAGCUUAUCUUUGACAUUUUGUCAGGAUUACAGUGACAAAGACUUGACCCGUGAGUCAUUAUGUAGUUAAACAUUCUUGAGCUUGAGUCACGGUUCCUGGUUUGUCCUUUAGCUAUUACUUGAAUGUGUUUUUAAUUACUGAUUCAUUUAUUAACAGAUAUUUCCUUAUGAAAUAAAUAAAUCUGGUUGCCA